CGAACAGAUCCCAGUGGACCGCCGGAGCCCGGGGAACACUGCGGCGCCAUGAGUCAGCGGCAGGUGCUACAAGUGUUCGAGCAGUACCAGAAAGCCCGGACCCAGUUUGUGCAGAUGGUGGCGGAGCUGGCGACCAGACCCCAAAACAUUGAGACGCUGCAGAAUGCGGGUGUAAUGUCUCUGCUGAGGCCUCUUCUUCUAGAUGUGGUCCCAACGAUUCAACAGACUGCUGCUUUGGCUCUGGGAAGACUGGCCAAUUACAACGAUGAUUUAGCAGAAGCCGUUGUGAAGGGAGACAUUCUCCCACAGCUUGUUUAUUCAUUGGCAGAACAGAAUCGUUUCUACAAGAAAGCAGCUGCCUUUGUGCUGCGAGCAGUUGGUAAACAUUCUCCUCAGCUUGCACAGGCCAUAGUUGACUGUGGAGCUCUGGACACACUGGUGAUAUGCUUAGAAGAUUUUGACCCUGGAGUCAAGGAGGCUGCAGCCUGGGCACUUGGAUAUAUUGCAAGACACAAUACAGAACUGUCUCAAGCUGUGGUGGAUGCUGGAGCUAUCCCUCUCUUAGUGCUGUGCAUCCAGGAACCAGAAAUUGCUUUGAAAAGGAUUGCUGCCUUGGCCCUCAGUGAUAUUUCAAAACAUUCUCCAGAAUUAGCACAGACAGUAGUGGAUGCAGGGGCCAUCGCUCACUUAGCCCAGAUGAUCCUCAACCCUGAUGGGAAAUUGAAGAGUCAGAUCCUGUCAGCCCUCAGUCAGAUUGCAAAACAUUCUGUGGAUCUGGCAGAGAUGGUCAUUGAAGCAGAUAUUUUCCCAGUUGUGCUUACCUGUCUGAAGAACAAAGAUGAAUAUGUGAAGAAAAAUGCUUGUACUUUAAUUAGAGAGAUUGCAAAACAUACGCCUGAGCUUUCACAGCUGAUUGUUAACACAGGAGGUGUGGCUGCAGUGAUUGAUUGUAUUGGGUCCUGCAAAGGGAACAUACGGUUGCCUGGCAUCAUGAUGCUGGGUUACGUGGGUGCUCAUUCUGAGAACCUGGCCAUGGCAGUGAUCAUUUCCAAGGGUGUACCCCAAUUGUCAGUCUGCUUGUCAGAAGAGCCAGAAGAUCACAUAAAGGCUGCUGCUGCUUGGGCCUUAGGACAGAUUGGGAGACACACUCCAGAACACGCGCGGGCUGUAGCUGUCACAAACGCAUUGCCAGUUCUGCUUUCUUUGUAUAUGUCAGCAGAGAGCUCUGAGGAUCUGCAGGUGAAAAGUAAAAAAGCCAUAAAGAACAUCCUUCAAAAAUGCACCUACUUGCCAGCCCUGGAGCCCUUUCUGUAUGAUGCACCUCCCAAUAUUCUGAAACACGUCAUCGGUCAGUUCAGUAAGGUGCUGCCACAUGACAGCAAAGCUCGGCGUCUUUUUGUGACGAGUGGUGGACUUAAAAAGGUCCAAGAGAUAAAAGCAGAACCUGGUUCUCUCCUUCAAGAAUACAUCAACAGUAUUAACAACUGUUACCCAGAGGAAAUUGUAAGGUACUAUUCCCCUGGGUACUUAGAUACACUUCUGCAGAGAGUGGACAGCUACCAGCCACUUACUAACUGAGCAAAGCAUGUGUUCAAUUUCUCAGCGAGUAUGAAUAACAAUUGUUAAAGAUCUUUUAAAGUACAUUCUGGCUUUUUACAAUGUAAAAUACCUUUAGGUAAUGUUUUCUAAAUUUAUGGGAAUAUAUGAGGAACUAAUCCUAGUCAUUUGUAUGCAUAGAAACUGCUUUAAAGAUAGACUUAAAAAGACAUGAAAAGGUUUUAAGUAUUAUUGUUCUACUGAAGACUACAAGCAAACACAAUAUAUAUAUAUAUACUCUUGCAAUUAAAAGAGAUGAGAGAUGUUGUUGAGAAACCCUUAGUUAUUUUGGCCGCUUCCUCAUAAGCAUAGGGGAGGAAAACUUGCCUUACAAAUUACACUGAAGCUCUGAGAGGGGAGCCUGAUGACAGGUGGACAGAUCUCUUGAAAGACUCUGAUGCUGGUGCUUACGUGCGGCACAUUAGCACAGAAUGUGUGACAACCUGUCAGAUUACCUAGGAGUCUAGGCAGGUUCUCCGCAUUGUGGUAGUUUUUGAAACUCUUUUUCCUCCCUCUUCCCGAAGUGCUCUAAGUUGUUCCACUCUGGCCGCUGUGCUCUUCAGUAUUAUUGGAAGGUUUCUUACUCAUGAUCCACAUUCAAGAAUACAGACACGGAACAUGGGUCCUCGGUAUACCCUUGUCCUAGGUUCACUUUUCAAAAUUUCAGCCAUCACAUUUUCAGGGAUUUAAGGUAUAAUUAGAGCAGAAUACUAUCAGGCUCAGACUUUAUGUACAUUUCACUUAGGAAGCUGUAAUUGGGU